GCGAGACUCGUCUGUCUGUUCGUCAUUUACACACAACGUUGGUUCGGUGUUUUCAGAAUUCGGGAAACUGUUUGGUGCAACAUGCCGAGUAAAAGAGGAAGCAAGAGUAUAACACCGAGCAGUGAUAAGGGAGACAACUCAUCCAGCGAUAGCGAGGGUACAAACAGUGAUAGCUCGUCUAGUAGUGCGUCAUCAAGCAGUCACAGCAGUAAAAGUAGUCAUAGUGACAGUGAUUCAGACAGUCGCUCGAGGUCACCACAAAAAUUCAAAUCGAAAUCAACAUCUCCUCGUGUGAAGGAAAAGGCCGUAAAACAAGAUAAAGAAAGAUCGGCUAGUAAAUCAAGGUCCAGAUCACCAAGAGAUGAUGAAGGAAAUAAGAGAACUUCAAGGUCAAAAUCUGGGUCACCACGAGUUAAAAACGUUAGGAAAGAGGGAAUCAAGGUCUAGGUCUGGAUCAUCAGAGAACAGGAGAGAGUCUAGGUCAAAUUCAAGAUCCUCGACUGGUAAAGAAAAAGUCUCUCCAGGGAGAAGGGAAUCGUCCAAUUCAAAAUCUAGGUCUAGGUCAAAGUCUAGAUCACCACAAAGGAAAAAUGAAGAAAUACAACAGGAAAGAAAGCAAUCUCCAAGCAGGUCAAAGUCCAGAUCACCAGACAUGGAGGAUAAAGUUGAAUUAUCCCUUGACAGAGAAACAUCCAUAUCUCCACUUCGUGAAAAAGAUGACGACGAUGCACGUUCACGGUCAAAGUCACAUUCCAGGGAGAAAUCAAAGUCUAGGUCCAAGUCACCAGAUACGGCCAAAAAGUCCAAAUCUCCAGUGCGACAUUCCAUCACACCACCUCAUCAUGAUAUGAGUAAAUUCCACAGUGAACCAGAGAGUGGCGAGAUCACAGACACUGAUGAUGAAGCUCCUGUUGUGCUGAAGUCUGCAGUUGGGAUUUCAAGAAGAAGAGGAAGAGAGGAUGGAGAGUAUGACAGUGACAGUAGUAGAGACAGAAAGAGGAGGCGGGGUGGCCGUCACAGCAGUAGUGAGGACGAUCGAAGGUACCGACGUGACGGCAGGCGUCAGGAUGAUAGACGUCGUGAUGAUAGGCGUCGUGAUGACUACAGGGAUCGUUACAGAGAUGACCGUCGACAUGAUGAUAGAGGAAGGACAGAUGAUAGACGAGGGCGUAAUUACGAUAGUCGUUACAGGGAUGAUGAACGUAAUGAAGGGCGUCGGAGGGAUGAUGAUCGGAGGAGAGAUGAUGACAGGCGGAGAGAGGAACGUAGAGAUAGGGAUAAGACAUCUAAUGAUAAGAAAGGAAGUAACGAAGGAAAACCAGAAGAAAAAAAGGAUGAAGAAAAGGGUGCUGAGAAAGCUGCACCUGCUGUACCUAAAGCUUCAACUUUAACUACAAGGACAGGUGGUGCCUACAUUCCUCCGGCUCGUCUCCGUAUGAUGCAGGCAGCCAUAACAGAUAAAGCAAGCUUGGAGUAUCAGAGGAUAGCAUGGGAGGCACUGAAGAAGAGCAUCAACGGUCUAGUCAACAAAGUCAACGUUUCCAACCUGGUAGAUAUUGUCAAAGAACUGUUCCAGGAGAAUAUAGUCCGGGGAAGGGGCCUGUUGUGUCGGUCUGUGCUCCAGGCCCAGUCAUCCUCGCCUACAUUUACACAUGUGUAUGCAGCUUUGGUGUCGGUAAUCAACACAAAGUUUCCACAAAUAGGGGAGCUUAUGCUUCGCCGUGUGGUGAUCCAGUUCCGUCGAGGAUUUAAACGUAAUGACAAGUCCCUGUGUCUGUCCACAACACGUUUCCUGGCCCAUCUGGUCAACCAGCAGGUUGCACAUGAGGUGAUAGCACUGGAAAUAUUGACCCUUCUGCUGGAGAACCCGACUGAUGACUCGGUGGAAGUCGCUAUUGGUUUUCUGAAGGAAUGUGGACAGAAGCUGACAGAGGUGUCACCAAGGGGAAUCAAUGCUAUAUUUGAGCGACUGCGGAACAUCUUACACGAGGCCAUGAUAGAAAAACGUGUCCAGUACAUGGUUGAGGUCAUGUUUGCUGUCAGGAAAGAUGGCUUCAAGGAUCACCAGUCCGUUUUGAGUGAACUGGACUUGGUUGCUGAGGAGGAACAGUUUACACAUCUUCUAACCCUGGAGGAUGAGGGUACCGCAGAGGAUAUACUGAAUGUGUUCAAGGCCGAUCCUGAGUAUCAAGAAAACGAAGAGAAAUAUAAAGCUUUGAAGCGAGAUAUACUGGAUGAAGACAGUUCGGACGAGGAAGGGUCAGGCAGUGGUUCUGGUAGUGACAGUGACAGUGAGGAAGACGAAGCGGAUGAAGCUGAGAAUCAGGUGAUCUUGGACAAGACUGAAACAAACUUGGUGGCACUGCGUCGUACCAUCUACCUCACCAUCCAGUCGAGUCUUGACUUUGAGGAGUGUGCACAUAAGCUACUGAAGAUGGAGCUCAAACCUGGCCAGGAGGUGGAAUUAUGUAAUAUGGUGUUGGACUGCUGUGGGCAACAGAGAACCUAUGAAAAGUUCUUCGGUCUUCUAGCACAGAGGUUCUGUAUGAUUAACAAGAAGUUCAUAGGCCCGUUCCAGGAUAUGUUCAAGGAGCAAUACGAAACAACACACCGCCUGGAAACCAAUAAACUUCGCAAUGUUGCCAAGUUCUUCUCCCAUCUCCUCCACACCGACGCCAUUUCCUGGGGGGUGCUAUCUUGUGUGAGACUCAAUGAAGAGGACACUACAUCUGCUAGUCGUAUCUUCAUCAAGACCUUGUUCCAGGAGCUGUCCGAGUAUAUGGGCCUUCCUAAGUUAAACAAAAGGCUGCGUGACCCGACACUUAUGGAAUUCUUUGAGGGUCUGAUGCCUCGAGACAACCCAAGGAACACCAGAUUUGCCAUUAAUUUCUUCACAACUAUAGGACUUGGGGGAUUGACAGAUGACCUACGAGAUCAUCUGAAAAACAAAUCUAAACAGCUGAUGCAGCAAAAGGCAGCUGAGGCUGAAGAGGAAUCAUCAUCAUCUUCAUCAUCUUCUUCAUCCUCCUCCUCCUCAUCAUCUUCAUCUGAUUCCAGUUCAUCUUCUUCAUCAGAGAGUUCGUCAGAUGAUGACACGCCAGCCAAAAGGAAGAAAUCAGGAAAGACAAAUAAGGGUAGACCUCAGAAAGAAAUGAGGAAUAAAAAAUAUAACAAUGCAAAACAACGAAAGGUCAGACAGACAAAUGAAUCUGAGGAUGACGAGGAGGAAGAACCGAACCGAAAAGAAAGUCGAAGGGAAAAACAUCCAAAGGAUAAACCCAAACUCAACAGAAAUAGUAAAGGAGGAAAGAGAGAUAGUUCUGAGGAAGUGUCACGCAAAAGUAACCAAGACCAUCGGGGAUAUGCAGAUGAAGGAAAAAGGACAGAGAGAAAGGAUAAGAGAGCUAGGAAGGAUAGCGAGUCAGAGGAUGAUAGGAAUGAUCGGAAGGAAGGGAGAGGAACAAAUAAUCAGAAAGGUUACGAAAAUGACAACAGACAAAGAAAAGGUGACAGGGGGAGAGGUAGAGGUGAUAGUGAUUCGGAGGAAGAGGAAGUGAUGAAUAGGAGUAAAAACAAAGGAAAAGAUCGACCAAGAUACAACGAUGUAGACCAAAGUAGUGAUAGACAAAGUAAAAUGGAGAGAUACAAUAAGAGUGAUGGACAGGAAAGUAUUGAAAGGCAAAAUAAAAAUGAAAGACAAAAUCGAAAUGAUCAGCAGGAAAUCAAUGAUAUUCGAAGUAGAAACGAUCGUCACCAAAGUGAUGAAAGACAAUAUCGAAAUGAUCGACAGGAAAGUAAUGAUAGGCGAAGUAGAAAUAAUCAACAUGAAAGUGAUGAACGGCAAUAUCAAAAUGAUCGACAGGAAAGUGAUGAAAGGCGAAAUAGAAAUGAUCGACUUGAAGUUAAUGAUAGGCGAAGUAGAAAUGAUCGGCAUGAAAGUGAUGAAAGACGUAGGAAUGAUCGACUGGAAGUUAAUAAUAGGCGAGGUAGAAAAGAAGGGCACGAAAGUGCUGAAAGACAAAAUCGAAAUGAUCGUCAGGAAAGUAAUGAAAGGCGUAGAAAUGAUCGCCAGGAAGUCAAUGAUAGGAGAAGUAGAAACGAUCGCCAUGAAAGUGGUGAAAGACAAUAUCGAAAUGAUCGCCAAGAGGUUAAUGAAAUGCGCAAUAGAAAUGAGCGACAACAGAUGAGGAAAACUGAUAGUAGCUCUGAUGAAGAAGAUAUGAAUACAAGUAAAACCAGGAACAAUGACCAAAGGCAGCAAAGAAACAAUAAACGAAGCAGGCAGAAAGAAAGUACUGACGAGGAAGUUACGGAUAGAAAGAAAAGUAGAGGCAGAGAAAGUCCAAGGAAUACAGAGAAUGAUAAAAGGCAGCCCAGGAAUGAAAAACGAAGACGAAAAUUAAGCAGUGAUUCGGAGGAGAGAGUCAUCGAACUCAGGAAAAAUACUGUAAAAGAAAAGAGAUACUCAGAAGUUGAAGACAGACCACAAAGGAAUGAUAUACAGCUACGUAAGAGACGGGAGGCAAGUAGCGAUUCUGAGGAGGAAAUGAUGGACAGAAGGAAAAGUAAGGGCAAUCAGAGAAAUGAGGAAAAUGAUUUCAGACAAAGAAACAAAAGACAAUCUGUUAGAAAGGAUGUCACAAGUGAGUCCGAGGAAGAAAUUGUAAAUCGUAGAAAGAGUAAGGGACAAGACACUUCAAAAAUGAAAAAUGAUGAAAGAGUUCGAGUGGAGAAAAGACAAAGGAAGGAAGCAACAAGUGAAUCAUCAGAGGAAGAGAUUGUGGAUAGAAGAAAGUCGCAAGUAAAUGUUAAAAGUGCAGUAAAUGACAAAAGAGAACAGCAGAAAAAACGACAGACUAUAAGGAAGGAAGCUAGUAGUAGCAGCAGCAGCAGCAGCAGCAGCAGUGGUAGUAGUUCCGACAGUAGUAGUAGCGAUAGUAGUAGUAGCUCCGAUUCCGACUCUGACUCUGCAGAGGAAGUUAUUGUGGAACAGAACAACAAGGAGAAAAGUAGGAGCAAACCAGUAUCCACUAAUGAUACAUAUUUCGAUCCGUGGGAAAGAAAAAAGAAAGGUAAAGAUGAAAAGCUGGAAACCCCUGCAAAAGGAACAAAAUCUGGCAAAUAUGACAGUAAUAGAAGUGAAAAGUCAAAUCGUGCAGAAAAUGUAAACAGAAAGGCAAGGCAGGAUAGUUCUUCUGAGGAAAGUAGCGAGGAAGAAAGAGUAGUGGAGAGAUAUAGCAAGUCAGAUAGGUCUAGAGAACAAUCCAGCAGAAUGGACAAGUUUGCUCAACGUAGUGAUAGUGAGGAAGUUGAUAGGCGGGAGAGAUAUGGCGAAAAUGUGCAGAACAAAGAUAGGCGAUCACGUAAUGGGAGGGAGGAACAGAGAUAUCAGUCCAGGGAACAUACGAUUGAGAAAAAAAGACCAGCUGAUAGCUCGGAGGAAGAAGUAGAACAUCUUGAUCGGGGAGAUCAUUCGCGAAAACGAGACAGAAAAUCGUUUGUAAGGGAUGAAGAAGAAAGUUCAUAUAGACCUCCUGAAAAGCAUAGGAAAAAAGACCAAUAUUCAGAUAGUGAGGAAGAGGAGGAGGAUAACAGCAGUAAAUCAUUUAAUAAGUCUCGUGAUACUUCGCGGGAUUCAACUAGGGACACGUCUUAUGAAAAAUCAAGGAAAAAAGACCGUCGUUCAAAUGAAUUAGGAGACAAGUAUGAAGACAGUCCCAAAUUAUCAAACAGUAAACCAUUAAAAAGUGCUGCUGUGUUAAAAAAGUCAAAAAUACAGGAACGACUGAGCAAGAUAGCUAGUGGUGACAAUGUAGAGGACUAUGAUCGUAGUGAGAGAGUGCAUGACACAUACGCCAGUAGGGACAGAUACAGGAGUAGGUCACGCUCUCCAGUACGUAGGGAGGUCGACCGGGGGUAUGGGGGUAGGCGGAGAUGAUGCUCCGAGUAUUUAGAUACAUCGUUUCAUCUAAUGUCUCCAGGCCAUGAUGAUUCUCUGUAAAACACUUCUUAAAUGUUUAAAAAGAGAUGAGGUCAUUUUUUAUUUUGAUGCAGGGAAGGUAAUCAAGUUCAGCAACAAUUACUAUUGUGAUAAGUGUAAUGUUUGUAAAUUUUUUGGCAAAGCAAUUUCCAGGUUAAUUUUUGUGUCAUUACCAAAAGUGAUUUCAGUAGAAAUGUAGAUUUUGCAUUUUUUUUGAGGAGCUAAAAUGAAUCCCUGGGGCCUUUUUGUUUAUACAGACCAACCAGUGCUUCAAUUUUAAGAUUUAGAAUUCAGGCAUAAAUGUUGACAGGAAAAUUUCAUUUAUCACAUAUCUGGCCCGUCCUACUAGAUCUUGUGACACUCAUGCAAUGUAAAACUGUUUGUGGUCUGGCGGGAAUCUAAGUAUAUGCUUCAGAUCAAUCUGAUUAAAGUACAGAUCAUCAUUUAACACUCACGGCCGUUUUCGUUUGUGUGGUCCAAAAAAAACGGCUGGAUCGAUUUGUCCGCAUAAAUUAACAGGCCCUACAUUCUGAAGAUCUGUCAGCGGCCAAGUUCAGGGUCAUGUUCAGUUGAUUUCAAUGCUUACCAUACAAUGGUAAUGUUUUUAGCCAAUGAAAAAGUAUCUCAUUUAUAUAAUAUAUGUGUGUUUGGCAGUGUGUGCAAAUUGAUCGGGCUAUCUAAAGAGUGUUGGAAAUGUUCAUUAGCCUCUGAUCUGUGUUGUUUUACUACUUCAUUUCUUUCCGGUGCAUCGGUACAAAAAUGAAAAAUCAACAAACUACACAUACUUUGUCCACUAAAUGCAUCGUUUCGGAUGUGAAGCAUACUUUGUCCAAUAAAUGUAUCGUUUCGGAUGUGAAGCAUACUUUGUCCACUAAAUGUAUCGUUUCGGAUGUGAAGCAUACUUUGUCCACUAAAUGUAUCGUUUCGGAUGUGAAGCAUACUUUGUCCACUAAAUGUAUCGUUUCGGAUGUGAAGCAUACUUUGUCCACUAAAUGUAUCGUUUCGGAUGUGAAGCAUACUUUGUCCACUAAAUGUAUCGUUUCGGAUGUGAAGCAUACUUUGUCCACUAAAUGUAUCGUUUCGGAUGUGAAGCAUACUUUGUCCACUAAAUGUAUCGUUUCGGAUGUGAAGCAACUUUGUCCACUAAAUGUAUCGUUUCGGAUGUGAAGCAUACUUUGUCCACUAAAUGUAUCGUUUCGGAUGUGAAGCAUACUUUGUCCACUAAAUGUAUCGUUUCGGAUGUGAAGCAUACUUUGUCCACUAAAUGUAUCGUUUCGGAUGUGAAGCAACUUUGUCAACUAAAUGUAUCGUUUCGGAUGUGAAGCAUACUUUGUCCACUAAAUGCAUUGUUUCGGAUGUGAAGCGGCUGGCAAUGGGCACAGCCAUUAUAGUUUGGUUGACAGUGAAUUGGGACAGUCAGAUUUUAUCUAUUCAAUAAGGACCAACCAUGAGGUUGACGAGAAGGAAAGGGAUUCCGACAAAAUUUUGCCCAUGUAGUUAUGAUAAUUUGGUUGCAAGAUUAUCUGAACAUGACCCAGUCUCCAUCAGAUCUUCUUAAUGUAGUGCAUAAUGUAUUUAAAUCAGAUUGGCUUCAGAUCUUCACCUGAAGUAGCAAUAUAUUUUGACGAAAUGAUCUACAAAUUGAGCUAAUGUGACUCCUUAAUCUCAUGAUUAUCUACUGAGGUCAUCCAGACUUUUCCCUCAAAAUAUCUUAAUUUUGUUAAAAGCAACUGUCUGCACAAACUUAGACUCAAAGUUUGAUACCAGGAUUCCGUUAAAAUUUUCUUUAUUCAGAAAUAAAUACCUUUUAAUUUAACUUGGCAAUAACCCAUUACUCGAGGUGGUCAAAAUCUGCAAUGUUUAAACUCAAGAUUUGCUUUCUAGAUCAUUGUAUGAUCAUUGGAACAGAAGCUUGUAGCAUACAUAGGUAGCUUGAAUCAACACUCAAAAAAAUUUGAAGUAUUUGAAGUAAAUUGCUUUACGAAUCAUCUAAUUAAAGUGCCUUCAAUUUUCCUUAUGCGAUUUAUUCUGAUAUCCCCUUAAGAUUCUGAAAAUGUCUCGUGUAUUGUUUCUUGUAGAAAUGAGCAUUCAGAGAGAUACUGUCUUUCUAAAUUCUGCAAGUUUUCAAAUUUGGUACGCUAUCUUUGAGAUCAUAAUUGACCAAUUCUGCCGGGUUAGUAGGUUUACGUUUUGUGAUAAUGAUUAUACACAAACUCUGCAGAAGUAGAAUUUAAUAAUGAAUCAAUUCAAUAUUGUUGUGGCCAUCAGUCUCCAGUUAUAUGAGGGGAUCCAACACUUCAGAGGUCUAUAUUGUAUAUAGGCCAAGAAAAUUGUGUUUUAUCCAAGUCUGUGUAUAUAGAUUGUGUACAAUACGGUUUAUAUUUAUCAUGUUGAUUUUGUUGGAGAACCUUUGGAUCUCUCCAGGAACUAUGUUCUUUACUGUUGUAGGUGUAUUAGAGGGACAAUCUUGACAUUUUUUCCCCCAUCAUGCCUAAAUUUUUCCAUCCAGAGUCAAAAUCAGGAUCUUUAAUUUAAGCCAUGUCUCAUUUUUGCCAAAACAAUUAAACUUAAACAACAUGGUCCAUACAGAUAUGAAAAGUCCUCUAGUUUCAGCCCUUGUAAAGUCUUGGAAGCCAGUGCCAUACCUUGAAAGUGUUGGAAUUUGGCAUAAUGCUUUUUAAAAGUCCUUGAAUUUAUAUCUUUGAUGUCGAAAGAAGAUAAUGUUGUUUUCUUUAAAUAUUCGCAAAGUUGUAAAUGUUAUUCCUUUUCUUCGUUGUUAUUGUUACAAUGUAUAACUGAUUUAAUGAAUUAACAGAUAUUGUACUUUGUUACUGUGGCGGGGAAAUAGGACAAAUAUUGUACUUUGUUACUGUGGCGGGGAAAUAGGACAAAUAUUGUACUUUGUUACUGUGGCGGGGAAAUAGGA